AACAGCACCGCGGCAACGUUUUCUUGUGGGAAAGAGCGCAGAACCUUGGGUUAUGGUCCGGCGCUACGACUCGACAUGACAGAUGCAGAACCAGAUGCGGGGAAGAGACGCGGUCUCACGUGCUGGCUGCUGGAUACGCGGACGUUGUGGCCAGGGGAUCGUAUCGCGGAGUCGGCUAAAGAAGCUCUCACCCUGAUCAGCCGUGAAGAAAGAGACCUCAUCCUCCGAAAAUACCAUGUCGCCGACGCAAAGAUGUCGCUCGCCUCCGCCCUCCUCAAGAGAUUAUUCGUCCACAAGACCCUAGGCAUACCAUGGAAAGAUAUCACAUUCGGCCGCAAACGCAACCCCAAGCACGGCAAACCAUGUGCGCUCCUCCCCGCCCCCCUCCACGGCCCGGCUCCCAUUGAAUUCAACGUAUCCCACCAAGCCGGGCUAGUCGCGCUCGUAGGCUGCAAGACCGAACAGCUGGAUGCCGAGCUAGGCGUCGACAUCGUGUGUGUGAACGAGCGCAACGAGGGGAGGAUGAUUGAUGAAGAAGGGUUUGAGGCGUGGGUGGAUAUGUAUGCUGAGAUCUUCAGCCACGAGGAGGCGUUUGAUAUAAAGUACAACGUCUCUCCCUUCCCACUGCUUGAUGGCACGAUGGUUACACCUGAGAUGUUGGGGCGGCAUGAUCGGUGUUGCUCGCGAGGUGAGGAGUUGUCUGUUACGUUGGCGGAUGGUGAGGAGCGGACGUUUAGCAGCGAUUUGAUGGUUGAUGCGAAGUUGAGGAGGUUUUAUACGUUUUGGUGCUAUAAGGAAGCGUAUAUUAAGCUAGACGGCGAGGCGCUGUUGGCUACGUGGAUCCCACAGUUGGAGUUCAAGCACGUUCGCACGCCCAGACCUGGUACGCCGGCGCGGUGUAGUACGCAUGGGGUGUGGGGGGAGCGGAUCAGUGAUGCCGAAGUGUGGUUUGAGCAUGCGCAUAUGAAGGAGUGUCGGGUGGAGAUCCAGGCUUUUGAAGAGAAUUUCAUGAUCGGAGUUGCAGCGAAGGGGAGAAAGUGGGAGAGUGGACACGAAGAGUUGCCAGACGUACUUGUGGAUUUCAGGGCACUGCAUCUAGAGAAGGAUGUCAUGAGGGUUGCGAGGGAGACAUAGAAAUGGAGCAUAAGGGAGUUGCAUACACACUGUCUAUUCUGAGCGUUACACAAGAGGAACCACAUGAAACCCAAGGUUCG